AUGUUUCGUUUACUCUUUGUUGUUUUACUUUUUGCAUUGGUUUCGGCCGAUGGAAUCGGAGAUGGAGCUGGGAUUCGAAAGGAUGAAGGUAUAGGUCAAGGUAAGGAGGUUUCAAUGCUUUUUCAGCUGUUAUUGAUGGCGAUUUUAGAGUUUAAACGGACGGAAUUGGAAAUUUUUGACUUUUGUUACCUAAAUCUGUCUUUGAAGACUAAUUGGUGCUUCUAUUUUGUUUAUGGUUGUUUGAUACGAUUUUAGGAGUUGUGAAAGACCAAGUAGGUCAAGGAGCUCAAAUUGGACAAGGAUCAGCUGUGGGUUCUGGAGUAGGUGAAGGAGCUCAAGUUGGUCAACGUGCUGAUGUUCAAACUGGAUCAGAUGUUGGUGGUGGAGCCAAAAUUGGACAAGGAUCAACUGUGGGUUCUGGAGUGGGUCAAGGAGCUCAAGUUGGAUCAGGUGUUGGCCAAGGAACUCAAAUUGGUCAAGGAGCUGGUCAAAAGUCGUCUGGUGGCUUGGGAAUCCUUCAAGAACCUUCUGUAGGUAAUGGAGCUGAGGUAUCUACUGGUAUCGGUCAAAAAAUAGGGUCAGACGGCAUUGGAAAUGGAGCUAGGAUUAAGCCAAUCGAUCAGGGAAUUGGUGGUGGCAUGGGUGUUCUACCUUCUAACGGUAUGUUAAUUUUUUCGAUAGUUACUGCCAAAGUUAACAACACAAUUUAUUUUUAGGUAUUUUUGAUCAAAAAAAUACUGUACUCUCUUAUUACAUUACGAUUUAGGACUAGUUAGACAGUUUAUAAAGAUAUUACAGCCAAUAAUUUAUAGGAAUUGGCCAAAGCGUAGGGAAGAAAGCGGGGGAUCUUGGCCAAGGCGUUCGUCAGCGUCGCUUCUUAUUUGCUCCAUACUCAAUCCACUGUAAUCACAACUUGGGACCACGUGUAUGUUAUCGUACAUACGAAGAUGGAGAGUUCUCUCAAGUGCCAAAGGAUUCAGCUGCUGGAGAAUUGAAAGAUCAAACCCGAGGUCUGCUUUAA